GGGGUACAAAAGUGAACUUUUCCCGUCUAGAAUAUAUAGAGAAGAAGAGUCCUGAAAGCCCAACUAAAAGAGAUUCCGAGCUAUGGCGUCCAUAGGCGGCGGCGGAACCGCGGUGGAGUGGCACCAGCGGCCACCAAACCCUAAAAACCCGAUCGUGUUCUUCGACAUAACCAUCGGCAAUAUACCUGCUGGCCGUAUCAAGAUGGAGCUCUUUGCCGAUAUUGCUCCUAAAACCGCUGAAAAUUUCAGGCAAUUCUGCACUGGGGAAUACAGAAAAGCUGGACUACCUGUUGGUUACAAGGGCUGCCAGUUCCACAGAGUAAUUAAGGAUUUUAUGAUUCAAGCUGGUGACUUUCUAAAGGGUGAUGGCAGUGGCUGUGUGUCCAUAUAUGGAAGUAAAUUUGAUGAUGAAAAUUUUACAGCAAAACACACAGGUCCUGGUCUACUAUCAAUGGCAAAUAGUGGUGCUAAUUCUAAUGGUUGUCAGUUUUUCAUUACCUGUGCGAAGUGCGACUGGCUCGACAACAAACAUGUGGUGUUUGGGAUUUUGAUGCAGCGAGUUCUGGGAGAUGGUCUUUUGAUUGUGAGGAAGAUAGAGAAUGUUGCCACUGGGCCCAACAACCGGCCUAAACUGGCAUGCUCCCCAAACCAACUCUCACCUUCAGAGCUGUGCUGUGCACAUGAACUCAUUGUGGUGUUUAACAACCUAGUUGUGGAGAACAAUGUCAUCACUGUGCAA